GGUUGUAAUCAUCUGUAAGAGUGCAGCUCGGGGCAUUUCUGGGCAACCUCUACCUCCUUCCGUCUCCAGACUCCCUUGUCUUAGAAAACGGAAACUCUGCCAGGAUUCCUCAGAAACCCAUCCCAGGGUGGAUGGCUUUGUUCUCCAAGGCGGAGUGGAAGCUGGUGGUGAAAGCCCACCGUCUGAGUGCUGAGAACACAGUCCCCACUGGCUCACCGGUGGAGGGGCCUUGUCCCCGGGUCUUCUGACCAGGCCAGGAGCCUGCGGGGGAGGGGGGGUCCUCAGUGCAGGAGGCCCCUCCCAGCUCCCCAUGACUGCGCUGGGGGCUGGGGGUGGGAGGUGUUGUUCCCAAGGCGCCUGAGUCCAGCAGCCGGCUUCACUAGGUGGGGACAGGUGUGCAUCGUGCAGAAGCGGGACACAGAGAAGAUGUACGCCAUGAAGUACAUGAACAAGCAGCAGUGCAUCGAGCGGGAUGAGGUGCGCAACGUGUUCCGGGAGCUGGAGAUCCUGCAGGAGAUCGAACACGUCUUCCUGGUGAACCUGUGGUACUCCUUCCAGGACGAAGAGGACAUGUUCAUGGUGGUGGACCUGCUCCUGGGCGGGGACCUGCGCUACCACCUGCAGCAGAACGUCCAGUUCUCCGAGGACACGGUGAAGCUAUACAUCUGUGAGAUGGCGCUGGCCCUGGACUACCUGCGCAGCCAGCACAUUAUCCACAGGGACGUCAAACCCGACAACAUCCUGCUGGAUGAGCAAGGGCAUGCGCAUCUGACCGACUUCAACAUCGCCACCAUCAUAAAGGACGGGGAGCGGGCCACCGCACUAGCUGGGACCAAGCCGUACAUGGCUCCGGAGAUCUUCCAGUCUUUCGUCAGUGGUGGGAGCGGCUAUUCCUUCGAGGUGGACUGGUGGUCAGUGGGGGUCCUGGCCUACGAGCUGCUACGUGGAUGGAGGCCCUACGACAUCCACUCCAGCAACGCCGUGGAGUCCCUGGUGCAGCUGUUCAGCACAGCGAGCGUGCAGUACGUGCCCACCUGGUCCAAGGGGAUGGUAGGCCUGCUGCGGAAGCUCCUCACUGUGGACCCCAAGCACCGAGUGUCCAGCCUGCAGGACAUGCAGGCAGCCCCGUCACUGGCCGGCGUGCUGUGGCAGGACCUGAGUGAGAAGAAGGUGGCACCGGGCUUCGUGCCCAAUAAAGGCCGCCUUCACUGCGACCCCACCUUCGAGCUGGAGGAGAUGAUCCUGGAGUCCAGGCCUUUGCACAAGAAGAAGAAGCGGCUGGCCAAGAAUAGGUCCCGGGACAGCAGCAGGGACAGCUCGCAGUCGGAGAAUGACUACCUUCAGGACUGCCUUGAUGCCAUCCAGCAAGACUUUGUGAUUUUUAACAGAGAAAAGCUGAAGAAGAGCCAGGACUCCGCGAGCGAGCCCCUGCCCGCCCCCGAGGCCGGGGAUGCUGCGGAGGACCGGGAGGGGGCGCGCCCCGCGGGGCCCAUGUGCGGCUCCAUCUGCCCCUCCCGCCUCACUGAGAGUUAACGCCAGUUGCUUUGGAGAUUCGGUCGGCCAGCAGGACAGGACAGGCGGCGGGCAGAGGCCCCGCGUGGACGUUCCCAGCCAAGCAGCCCAGUUCAUCCCAGCACAGACCCGGCCGGUGGCCCCACAGCACCCUGGCCCUGAUUUCCCUGGGACGGGCUGCCUGCCCACUGGCUCUCGUCAGCAUAGGGCAACUGGAGGCUGUCAGUGUGGCCGAGGGGUGGGCAAGCAGGCUGGGUGCCCCCCUCCCCAGCGGCUCCGUUCCCGGCAAUUGUGGCAGGAGGCCCGUGGCCUCUCCUGGUGGCCCCCUGACCCGCUCCCGGCAGUCACAGAGGUCCCAGCACCCCCAGCUGUACAUAUGGGCGCCGGCCCUGCUGUGGGCAGACGGACACCGUUCACGGGCUCCCCGGGGGCCACUCGGGCUUGUGCGUCCGGGGGAGGGGGAGGUGAAGAGUGCUUUUAUAGAGAUACUUCUGCCGUGUUUCUGUAGAUUUCUCACCUCUGAGCAUCAUGACGUAAGAGCUGC